ACACGAAGAUCGCAUGACGUGUCUGUAAUGUCACUUAGUUGUCAGAUUCAGCCAACAGAAAGCUAUUCAAUUCUGAAAUUAUAAAAUUUGUUCCAUUACCGUAGAAUUCCCAUCCACCAUAGCAAAAUAAGUAUACUUUCAACAUGUAUUCUGUUUUAACAAGAGUAAAUGCUAUAUUAACGUAUACUCUCAGUGUUUUAGCAUGUUUGACGUUCUUGUGUUUUCUUUCCACGUUAACGGUGGAUUAUAGAACUACCGCUCAAAUGAAUACUGUAAAAGUAGUCGUCAAAAAUGUUCCAGAUUAUGGCGCCUCUAGGGAAAGGAAUGAUCUUGGAUACUUAACAUUUGAUCUCAAAACGGAUUUGUCAAACCUUUUUAAUUGGAAUGUAAAGCAACUGUUCCUAUACCUCACUGCAGAAUAUGUAACACAAAACAAUGAACUAAAUCAGGUUGUUUUAUGGGACAAAAUAAUAUUAAGAGGAGAAAAUGCUAUAUUAGAUUUUAAAAAUAUGAACACAAAAUACUAUUUCUGGGAUGAUGGAAAUGGCUUAAAGGGUCACAACAAUGUAACACUAACUCUUUCGUGGAAUAUUAUUCCUAAUGCAGGUCUUCUUCCUAAUAUUCAAGCCAUCGGCCAACAUUCUUUCAAGUUUCCUGUUGAAUAUACCCAGACGAGAGUAUGAUUUACCUAAUGAGAGAUAUAGUGUAGGUGAACUUGUGAAAUAUGUGUGUUUGAUAAAACAGAAUAUACAAUUUAUUUAAAUCUGA